AUGGCUGCCGGCACUGCAGCCACAACUCUUCUACCUCCGGUGAAGAGCGUGGUGGUGUACAGGAAUGGAGACCCCUUCUACAGUGGACGGAGGUUCAUAGUUAACCAGCGACAGGUGGUCACUAUGGAGGCCUUUCUAAAUGAAGUGACCCAGAACAUUGGUGCUCCGCUUGCCGUCAGGACUCUGUACACCCCCAGACAGGGCCACAGGGUCAUAGAGCUUCAGGACCUUCAGACAGGAUCCCAGUAUGUUGCUGCUGGUUUUGAAAGGUUCAAAAAACUGGAUUACCUGAAUGCAGGGAUGAAAAAGCAGCCCGCUGCCCGUGAAGAAACUCAGGCAAAAAUAAUCCAGAGGCCAAAUGUUUCAGCCAGAUGGAGGAAGUUCAUACCUGUACCUUGCAUUAUACAUGUUUUCCGAAAUGGAGAUCUCCUGUGUCCGCCAUUCCGAUUCAUCAUCCCACGGAGCAUGCAGCAGGACCUGGAGCAGAUCCUGAGUCUGGUCACAGAGAAAGUCAGCUUACGGACCGGAGCUGUACGCAGGUUGUGCUCCUUGGAAGGAGCGACUGUGUCUUCAGUUGGGGAGCUGGAGACUGGCCACUGUUAUGUUGCCGUGGGUACAGAAAGGUUCAAGAAACUUCCAUAUGUGGAGCUGCUGGUUUCAAAAGCCACAGAGAGGUAUUACCCAGAAAAGAGAAGGAUAUUGAGGAGGGCGACGAACAGGAAAGCAGGGAGUGGCCCAGAAGACCAGUACAGUGACUCCGCUCUCCUCGAGUCUCCAGAGAUGUCCGACGGGCGGAGGGUUAAGUCAACAGGAGAUGAAGCUGCAGCUCCACAAUCCAUACAGCAGACGACUGGGAGAGAAGGGGCCGAUGAGACAUCCAUGUUUUUCGCCAGGCCAGUCAAGAUCCGCAAAAACCGAGGGCAGCCAAGACCACCACUCAGCAAUGGAUCUGUCCAGCACAGCAUGUUUAAAAGGGGAGCACGGCAGAGGAGAGAGGAGGUCAGAGGAGCUGAGGAGGUGCAGGAGGAUGAGAAUACAGCUACAGAGCUUCCUGUUGACCAGAGAGUAGCAGAAAUAGUGGAGGAUGAGGAACAAAACCACACAAAUGAUCUGCACAGCACACAGCAGGUGUUGGACGUGGAACAGAAGACAUUAAGAGAUACUCAGGAUAUGACAGAAAAUACUGCAAGAGCUGAAGAGUCUACUGAUGAAAUAUUGGACUCCCCAUCAAUACAACUGGAGCAGAACCAUCAUCAAGAGGGAGCAGUGGCCAAAGAGAACAGUGGCUUCAUCAAAGAGGACACGUCAUCAUAA